GACGUGUUGGCAGCAUGUGAGGUGGUGAACUGCAGCGGUGUGGAGAUCCAGUGCCAGGGCACGGCCCCCAUGCUCGCAGUGGACAACACCAGCGGCUGCCAGCUGUACCUCGCUGCGUCAGCGCUGACAGCGUCGAUCACCACCGCCAAGUCAUCGGAGAUCAACGUGCUCGUGCCCGGACCCGAUGCCGACACACCCUGGGUGGAGCAUGCGCUACCGGAGCAGUUUGUGAGUGAGCUCAAGAAUGGCACCUUCGUCACCACACCCAUUUCCCACUCUGGAGGCUAA